AUUGCUAAGGGCGGGGCAUGCAGCCAGCAGCCCCGCCGCCAUGUUGUAGGGGAGUCUCAACGGGAAGCAUAGGGAAGAGGAGAAGGGGUCGACUCGGGGGCCAAACAUGGGCGAGGCAGCGAUGGAAGCGUACAAGGAAACUGCACACCGCUGGACUGAUGAUGAAACAAGAACAUUUAUUCACUUGCGGGCUCUGAAUGAUCAUCUUUUUACAGGCAAGAGGAAUGCUGCCAAACACGGAUGGGAAACUGUAUUGAUGCAACUAGGUCUGCAGGAUAAAGUCUCGAUUGCACAAGCAGGAAAAAAGUGGGAAAAUAUGAAGAAAAAGUAUAAGGAAAUGAAAAAUCUGGCCACAGUUUCUGGGACAGAGUCCUUAGAAAACACAGCUGCAAUGUGGCGGUGGUACUUCGAAAUGGACGAUGCAUUUGGGAGUAAAGAUUUGAUUAGCCCAUCAGUCCUGUAUGCGUCCUCCAGCAUGGAUCAGCCAAGUGCAAGCCCCUUGUCUCCAGCCAGCAUGUCCUCUGCUUGUCUCAAUUCCAGCGGGACACCGGAGCGGUGCACCAGCACUGAAAUCCUAGACAUGUUAAAAGAACACGUUACAAAAGAGGAGCACUGUAGCCAUGCUGAGAACGGAUCAGAGGCCAUUGAUACUCCACAAGACUUUGCACAUUGCAGUCAACUUGAGUUGAAAAACACUGAGGAAUCAAUGGCGGGCACCGUCAAGGAAGCUGCACACAAAUGGACUGAUGGUGAAACCAGAAUAUUUAUCCACUUGCGAGUUCAGAAUGAUCAUCUUUUUACAGGCAAGAAGAAUGCUGCCAAACAUGGAUGGGAAACUAUAUUGAAAGACCUUGGCCUGCUGGACAAAGUCUCGUUUGCACAGGCAGCUAAAAAGUGGGAAAAUCUGAAGAAAAGAUAUAAGGAACUGAGCAGCACGGCUAUGGGUUUUGAUUCAGAAUCCAAGCAGAACACAGCAGCUACGUGGCGCUGGUACUUUGACAUGGAUGAAGCAUUCGGGAAUAAGACUUUAAUCUCCCCACCAGUCCUGAUAGCUUCAUCCACUAUGGAGCAGCCAAUUCCCCCAUCUCCGGAAAGCACUGCCUCCUCUUCCUCAGCUUGUCACAGCUCCAGCCCUGAACUUCCCAGGCGGACGCCAAAGAAGAGGAGGAGAUCCAGCUACGAAAUCCUGGACUUUCUGAAAGAGCAAGCGGAAAAAGAAGACAGGCGGGAGGCAGAGGCGCAGAAACGCGUUGAUCGGUUCUUAGAACUGUUUACAAAAUUAAUAGAUAAGAUGUAACAGCCAUUAAUAUCACUAGGAAGCUGAGGGCAGUACAGAAACGGUAACAGCAACGGUAAUGCUCCCUUUGAAUAGUCCACAGCGUUCCCUGUAAUAAACACUGGUUCAGUAAGUGAUAAGCCGUUGAGAUUCAUUAAGAACGGACCAUUUCGUUCUACAGGAAAAUUAUGGAGGCUCCUGUACGUGUGUAUCUGUUACACUCUACAGAACUGCUUAUUCAAUAAUGAUAAAACUUGGCACUACAGGUUCUUAAAAUGUCUGUCUGUCUGUCAACGUGUUACACUUUUUAGCUGUAUCUCGAGGUGCAAAUGUAUGAACAUUCCUUGGCACAAUCAGAAGCUACAUUUCCACAAGUUUGGGCCUUGAUUUGGAUAAUGAAGACACGCAUCUUAGGAACUGCAUGGCCAAUUGUCAUUGUUUUGAAUUUCUUACAGCUGUGUCCAGGAAUAUGUCCAAGUGUUUGUUUCAUUUGUGUAUAUUUGAAAAAUAUCUGUAUUUAAAGUCAACUUUGUAAAUCUUUGUUUUUGUUCAUGUUUUUACGCAGCCAGCUAAAACAGUUUAUUUUUUGUAUGUUGAAGACUGUAAUUUAUUUAUAACUUGUAUCUGUUGUUAUGGACAAAAUAACAAUGAGAACAAACAAGUAUA